UUUUGCUGACAUUCUAUGAAUGAUUUUAAUACAAGGAGAAAAGGAAUUACAAUCUAAACUGUAUACUCAUGGGAUUAUAAAAGGAUCUAUAUUUCUCCACAUCUCAAGAAAUGGACAUAAGAAGCCCCUUAAAUGCUUGGAAAUGGCAAGUAAUAAUAUUCUUUUUUUGUAGCUUGGGCUGUGUCUCUGGACAGCUUCGCUAUUCUAUUGUUGAGGAGUCAGAACCAGGCAAAUUAAUAGGAAAUGUAGGUCUGGAUCUUGGAAUAAGCCUGACAGAUACAAGACAGCUACAUUUGAGAUCAGAAGUAAGCAGCAUUUUUUUUGCUAUAGAAAGUGGAGCUUUGACUAUAAAAGAGAGGAUUGAUAGAGAGAGGCUGUGUGGAUCUAGCUCAAACUGUUUACUGUAUAUAGAAAUAGUAGCUGAGAAUCCAUUUGAACUGUUUAGUUUAGAAAUUGAAAUUUUGGAUGUAAAUGAUAAUUCUCCCAUAUUUUUAAAUGUUAAUCAGAUUUUAAAAAUUACAGAAUUAGUUGCCAAUCCUGGAAAGAGAUUCCAUUUAGAAACAGCAGAGGACCAAGAUGUUGGAAUAAAUAGUGUUACUCAGUACAGAUUGAAUCCAAACCCUUAUUUUUCUUUGUCUGUAAAGAAUCGUAAGGAUGGAACACUAAUUCCAGAAUUAGUUUUAGAAAAAAUUCUAGACAGGGAAGAAAAAAAAGAGCACAAACUUAUACUUACUGCUACUGAUGGAGGAGAAAACCCACGGACAGGAUCUUGUGAGGUUACUGUUAUAGUUCUAGAUAUUAAUGAUAAUGCACCAGUGUUUGAUCAAUCAACAUACAAGAUCAGUUUAUUGGAGAACCUCCCAUUAAACACAGUUAUAAUAAAACUUAAUGCUACAGAUUUGGAUGAAGGCUUUAAUGGGGAGAUUGAAUAUUCCUUUGUUCAACAGAGAUUGGAUAAAACAACAGAAAUAUUUGAUUUAAAUUCAGAAACUGGAGAAAUAUUUGUUAAGGGAAAUAUAGAUUUUGAAACAUCUCAAUUUUAUGAAUUAAAUGUUAAAGCAACAGACAAGGGAGUGCCUGCACUAGAGGGGCACUGCCUUAUUCAGGUUGAAGUACAAGAUGUAAACGAUAAUACACCAGAAAUAGUCUUUACUUCUAAAACAAAUGAAAUACCAGAAAAUGCACCAUUGGGAACAGUUGUUGGUUUUAUCAGUGUCAAAGAUAAAGAUUCGGGGAGAAAUGGAGAAGUGAAAUUGGAUGUAUCAUCAAAUCUACCUUUUAAAUGUAAAUUCUUUAAAAAUCGAUAUUCAUUAGUCACUAGUGGAUAUCUGAAUAGGGAGAACGUAUCUCAAUAUACUAUUCAGCUUACUGCUUCUGAUUUAGGUUCUCCAUCUUUAUAUAAUCAGACUGAAAUCAUACUAAAUAUUUCUGAUGUUAAUGACAAUCCUCCAACAUUUCUGCAGUCAGUUUAUAAUGCCUUUAUCAAAGAAAACAAUGAACCUGGCAGUUUAUUGUGCACUGUAUCUGCUACUGAUCCAGAUGAAGGAGCUAACUCAGAUGUGUCUUAUUCUACAGUUGAAAACCAAAUAGAUGGUUCAGCUGUCUCUUCAUUUGUGUACAUCAACCCCCAAAAUGGUAAUAUUUAUGCUCAACGUGCUUUUGACUUUGAGCAACUUCAGGUAUUACAAAUCACAGUAAGAGUGGAAGAUGCAGGAUUUCCCAAGUUAUUUUCUAAUGUUUUAGUCUUCAUAUUCAUUAUGGAUGUAAAUGAUAAUGUCCCAUUAAUAUUGUAUCCACAAUAUUCAAGGGAUCUGAAUGCACAGGAAAAUAUUCCAAGAUCAGCAUCUGUUGGUUAUCUGGUCACAAAAGUGUCUGCAGUGGAUCAGGAUUCAGGUCAUAAUGCUUGGCUUGUCUAUAGUCUUCUUGAAUCUAUCAGUAAAGGUUUGUUUCAGAUCUCGGCAUACACAGGAGAAAUCAGAACUAUACGUGAUAUCCAAGAUGCAGACAAUAAUGAGCAACAGCUUGUUGUUUUAGUCAGUGAUCAUGGGGAGCUUUCCUUAUCUAGUACAGUCACCAUACAUGUAAAUAUAAUAGACAACAUAAUAAAUGAAAGACCUAAUUUGGAGGAUUUCCUUACGAAUUCUAAAUCUACACCAGACAUAACUUUAUAUUUAAUUAUUUCACUGGUGGCAAUCAGUUUAGUUUCACUUGUAACCUUUGUCAUAUUGUUUGUGAAAUGCUUUAAAAAGGGAAAUUAUGACAACAGCUGCGGGAGUUGUUUUUUGAAGAAAUCACAAUCAAUGCAGUAUACAGGAGAGUAUCAGCCAACACUUUUUCUGAACACAUGGAACCUUAAAAUACAUGGAAGUGAGAAUGGCACCUACAGAACCCCAAGGGCAAUGCUACCAGGCUUGUUUUCCUACAGCAACAGAAAACAAUGAAUUCACAUUUAUGAAGCCACUUAAUUUCCCUCAAUUGCAAGAGUUGGUCAAUGAAACAGGGUCUACAUCUGAUUCAAAUUUUUCUCCCAA